UUAUCAUUACAAAGAUUCCAUUUCCCUGUUUCGUGAGACAGGUGACCAAGAUAAUGAGCCGCCUGGAGCGGUACUUGGUGCUGUCUGCGCUGAUUCUGACCAACGGCGCUGAUCACUGCUUUGCCGAGGAUGCAGCCGACAACCAGGACCUUUUCGUCAUGAACUCGGACCCGGCCCUAGGACAGCUCUCCGCCAAUGAGAAGGAGAACGCUGCCACUGCGGGUGCUUACGCAGGCGGCAGUGGAGGCGCGCUCGCCGAAGACUACGACGAGCCGUCGGCGUACGAGCGACGUCUCCUCCUGCAGGGGCUGAUCAGCAAGCGGGGAUUCGGCGAGCGAAGGCGGCGCGGUUUCGGCGAGAAAAAGAAGCGCGGCUUCGGCGAAAAGAAACGAGGCUUCGGCGAGAAGCGGCGUCGCACGGCGGCCGCCCAUCACAGCCUGCUGGCCGUGCCGUCAGCCAGGACGCCGUCGGGGGCUCGGGUCCUGCUCUUCGAGAACCCUUACGAAGGCUCCAUACCGUAGCUGUGGGCGGCAACUUUCGGAAUAAAAAUACUUCGUACGGGCCGUGAGUGAUCGCUGCAGGGAGGGAAAAACUUCGCAUCCAAAGUAGCUAUGGUAACAACGCAAACUGUCAGGCUCAAAAACAUGUCAGCUGUAGCAGCACCUGGGACGUGUAGGUAACACCCUGCAGCUACUGCUAG